UUCACGAUCGGUGCAUCUGUAACUGUUACAACAUGUCCCAGUUAAAGAUCAAGGCUUGUAACCUAAUUCUGAAGGAGCACUUCGGCACGGUCGUUGCGGCUGUCGGGGGCUCCCUGUUGAAAGUGUCGUCUCGAAGCCUCCCGCAGCUUUUGAAGAGCACAGAUCUGCCCGCUUCCAAGGUGAAGAAGGCGCUGAUGGUGUUGAUUCACCACAACAUAGUGGACUUCCGGUUGCAUCCUAAGGGCUACGUGGAGUACCUCAUCGAUGCGGACCGUGUGCUGUACAUGCUUCGGUACCCCCGCUACACGCACUGCGCCAAGACGCUGUACGGUGACACUGGCGAGCUGAUUGUGGAGGAGCUGCUGCAAAAUGGCCGCAUGUGCAUGUCUGCCGUGCUGCGCAAGGUGCUCGGGAGGCUGCAGGGGUCCCACACGGCCGAGGCAGUGCGCAGCAAGUUUGUGGACCUGGUGCAGACGCACUUCCUGUGCCGUGUGCCUGCCCCCGAGCCCGGCGGCCCGGAUGCUAAGGUGCCCACACUCAUCCUGCUGGAGGAGGACAUGUACAGCGUGCCAAAGGUCCACCUUCAGCUGCUCUCGGUGGCCGCUGAAGACGAGGACCAGGAGGGGCCCCCCAGCAAGAAGUCCCGGGUGGAGAGUCAGCCGGACGAGGGCAUCUACUGGCAAGUCAACUUCGAGCGCUUCCACCUCUUCUUCAGGGACCAGCUCCUGGUGCAGGCGGCCUCCCGCAGGCUGGGCCUUAAGGCCGGCGAGGUUGUCCGCACCCUGCUGCGCCUGGCCGAGACGAGGACCCACCCCAAGUCUGCCCAGAGCUGCCCCGUGAGCAAGCAGGAGGUCCACCAGCAGCUGCACAAGGAAAUCUCUCUCUCCCAGAAGGAGCUGGACUCAUUCCUGAGCCUGCUAGUGGAGGACCCCCUGCGCCUGGUGCAGCGGUCGGACGAGCGAGGCGGCAUGUUCUGCGUGGACUUGCACCGGGGUCUUAGGGUCCUCGCCGAGGCCUUCUUUGCCUCCACCGUCCAGGACCGCUUCGGGGCCAAGAGCUGCCGCAUCUUCCGGCUGCUGCUGUCGAAGCGGUACCUGGAGCAAAAGCAGAUCGAGGAGCUGGCCAUGAUCCCUGCCCGAGAUGCCAAGGAGAUGACCUACAAGAUGUUCCAGGAGAAGUUCCUCGCAGCACAGGAGCUUCCGCGGACCCCCGACUAUGCCCCUUCACGGAUGAUCUACCUGUUCCACGUCGACCUUCCGCAGCUGAGCCGCCAGAUGCUGGAGUGGUGCUGCCAGGCGGUGUGCAACCUGGUGCUGCGCAGGGAACACAUCUGCCAGGAGCACCGGCGCCUGCUGGACAAGAAGCAGCGUGUGGACCUCAUCCUCGCCUCCAUGGAGCACAACAAGGCCUCCCCCGAGCAAGUCCACGAGGUGAAGGAGAUGAUCACACCCCCCGAGCGGAAGCAGCUGGCCUACGUCAAGCACGUGAGCUCCAAGAUGGAGCUAAGCGAAGUGCAGCUCGACGAAACCAUGCUCCUGCUGCAGCUCUACGUCAGCUCGCUCCUAAAAUGAAGUCAGGGAUGGCCUGGUGUCGUCUUCCGACUCCGUGUCGUAGUUUGCCGGGAAGAGCUCAGAAAAAAUGCUCCACUAGGUUCCUCAUCCACUCACGCCCGCAUCGGCCAAUCAUACUCGGCAUCAAAUAUUUCGCGCUACGUUGUUGAGGCUAGCAUGGCUUCCACGGUGCUCCAGUGCUGUCAAAGGUAUACUUGCACGAAUGCCUGGCUUCGUUGGGCAUUUCCUGCACUUGUGAAUACCCUACGUGCAAACGAGAGGCGAGAGGAAGACACGUGCUCUCUCGCAGCAGCACGGGGCUGCGGCACCGUGAAAGCUAUGCUAUCAUUGACUACGUGGCACGAAAUAGUUGACACCAAAUACAUGGACCAUUCUAUGACUGUCGUGUUAUUUUAAAUGCGAAGAGAGAGCUUUCUUUAUUCGCUUGUUUUCUAAGUUGUCCAAGCAGCAGCUACCAUUAUCAGUGCGAAAACUGGGAUAACCCGUCUUCGUACGCAACUCACCCGAAUUGCCAAGUGGCCAAGUGCAUUGGCGCAUCGCAGCACGUAGAAUGAAAACUCGUGCCAAGUUCAAUUUCUGCCCCUGCCCGUUUCGAUCUGGUUGAGCAACAUACCGGCGUGCGGUCGUGCAUCACUGCUGCAGGAUGCGCGUCAAUGGCCCCAGGCUAGCGGCAGUACAGACACCAGGUGCCUCUUGGGCAAACUGACCUCCUGCUGUCUUAAACUUUCAUACAACAAAUUAGUUACAGUCGGCGACAAGUUAAAAACACAGUACAUACUCCACCUCGGGCACGAGCUCAGCCGGACGUUGGACGCAUGAGCUUGGGCACCUUCGACAAAACUUUGUCGCAUGUGCGGCUGAAGGCAGAGCUCCUGCUAGGUUCUUAACCUGUCACCUACUAUAAAAGACAACGCGAUUUUCAAGAAUAAAAGCAGAUGGGUUACCUGCCCAAACGUUAUAGUCACGCUCAUUGUUUCGUCGAUUGUGGCACAGUUCUUCCGCAUCCUUGAUGCGCUUUUCCGACGGAUGCCACAGUGGCGCGCCAGGGUUGCUAAGGGCACCGGUUGCCAGUGAAACAUUGAAAGAAAUUAAGCAGUCUUGGAAUUAAAAUAUUUCACAAUUUCUAA